GUUCGGUGGCUGCCUUGCAGGUGGGGGAAGGGCAAGGCAGACCCCGGGCCUUGGAGGGGAGCCUGCGCCCCGACGCUGAGGCGGCUCUUGUUCCUCCUCUGCCAGCCACCCAGCCGGGCGGGACCAUGGCGAACGAGGGGGAGGACGGGGCCAUGAAGGUUCCCGAAGAGAUGUUCAAAGAUGUCAAGUUCUUCGCCGUGGGAGACAUAGAGCCCCAGGUUAUUCAGUUUCUGAAAGAUGGGAAAGCAAAGGAAGUUUCUUAUAAUGCCCUGGCAUCGCACAUCAUUUCAGAAGAUGGAGACAAUCCAGAAGUUAGUGAAUCUCGUGAAGUCUUUGAUCUUCCAGUAGUAAAACCUUCCUGGGUGACUUGGUCAGUUCGAUGUGGAGCUCUUCUGCCAGUAAAUGGUUUCUCCCCAGAAUCCUGUCAGAUAUUUUUUGGAGUUGCUGCUUGUCUAUCUCAGGUUUCCUCUGAAGACCGGAGUAUGCUGUGGGCUUUGAUUACAUUUUAUGGUGGGGAUUGCCGGCUGAGCCUCAAUAAAAAAUGCACUCAUUUGAUUGUGCCUGAACCAAAAGGGGAAAAAUAUGAAUGCGCCUGUAAACGGGAGAACAUUAAGAUUGUGACACCUGACUGGGUUCUAGAUUCUAUAUCUGAUAAAACCAAAAAAGAUGAGGCUUCCUAUCAUCCUCGAUUAAUUAUAUAUGAGGAGGAAGAGGAGGAGGAAGAGGACGAAAAUGAAGAACAGGAUUCUCAAAAUGAAGGUAGUACAGAUGAAAAAUUAUCGAGCCCAGCAUCUUCUCGAGAAGGAUCACCUUUGGGUGAUCGAGCUUUUUCACCUAAAUCUAUUGAUGCUGACAAAACAAAAGGAGAAUUGAUGUUUGAUGAUUCAUCGGACUCCUCUCCUGAAAAGCAUGAAAGAAAUUUGAACUGGACACCUGCUGAAGUUCCACAGACUGCUACAGCAAAGCGCAGAUUGCCAUCGGGCAAGGAUUCUGGAUUGAUUAAUUUGUGUGCCAAUGUACCACCUGUCCCAGGCAAUAUUUUGUCCUCUGAGAUCAGAAGUAAUAUAAUGGCUUCAGUACAAAAUCCCCAAAGUUCGGGGCGUCCUGAAAUGAUGGCGGCAUGGAAUCCUGCAGUACGGACAUUAAGGAAUAUUACUAAUAAUGCUGAUAUUCAGCAGGUUAAUAGGCCGUCAAAUGUAGCACAUAUCUUACAAUCACUGUCCGCACCUACAAAAACUUUGGAGCAACAGGUUAACCAUAGCCAGCAGGGACAUUCAAAUGCUGUGUUGCUUAGCCAAGUUAAACUGACUCCAGAAACACACUUACUACAACAACAGCACCAGCCGCAGCAGCACCAGCCGCAGCAAUCGCAACAGCAGCAACAGCACCAUCCUCUCUUGCAUCUUCAGCCCCAACAAAUCAUGCAGUUGCCGCAACAACAGCCACAGCCGCAGCAACCUCAGAUUACUCAGCAGCCUUUCUCGCAGCAGCCUCAUCAGUUUGCACAGCAGCAAGUUCAUCAACAUCAGUUUGCACAGCAGCAGUUACAAUUUCCUCCCCAACAACUACAUUCCCAACAGCAAAUGCAUCGCCCUCAACAGCAGUUUCAACAGUCAACGACUGUGCAAUUUCAACAGCAGCAUACCUUGCAGCAGCAGUUGCAGCAGCUACAGCAGCAGCAGCUGCAGCAGCAGCAGCUGCAACUACAGCAGCAAAACCUUCAGCAACAAUUACAACAGCAGCAUCAACAGCAGCAAAUGCAACAGCAACAGCUACAGCAGCAACACUUGCAACGAAUUCAGCAGCAGCAACAAAUGCAAAAUCAAGCUUCACAACACUUGACUCAAUCAUCUCAGACGUUACAACAUCAGGCUCCAGUUCAGCCACCACAGCAUCCCCAGCAGCAGCAACUGCAGCAACAUCAGUUGUUUGGACAUGAUCCCUCUGUAGAAGUUCCAGAAGAAUAUUUUUUAUUGGGUUGUGUGUUUGCAAUUGCUGAUUACCCGGAGCAGAUGUCUGAUAAACAGCUGUUGACAACAUGGAAAAGGAUAAUCCAAGCACAUGGUGGUACAGUAGAUCCUACGCUCACAAGCCGAUGUACACAUCUUCUCUGUGAAAGUCAGCUUAGUAAUAUGUAUGCUCAGGCUUUGAGAGAAAAGAAGAGGUGUAUCACAGCACACUGGCUGAACGCUGUGCUAAAAAAGAAGAAAAUGAUACCACCUCAUCGAGCUCUUCAUUUUCCAGUAGCAUUUCCACCAGGAGGGAAACCAUGUUCUCAGCAUAUAGUCUCGGUGACAGGAUUUGUUGAUAGUGACAGAGAUGACCUCAAGCUGAUGGCUUACCUGGCAGGUGCAAAAUACACAGGCUAUCUUUGUCGCAGUAACACAGUUCUCAUCUGUAAAGAGCCUAGCGGUUUAAAGUACGAGAAAGCCAAAGAGUGGAGGAUACCAUGUGUGAAUGCACAAUGGCUUUGUGAUAUAUUACUUGGAAACUUUGAAGCAUUGCGGCAAAUACAGAACAAUCGAUAUACAGUCUUUAGUCUUCAAGAACCACUUGCUCCUAAUCAGCAUCUAGUUCUAAACCUUCUCGAUGCUUGGAGAGUGCCAUUAAAGGUAUCAUCAGAACUUCUAAUGGGUGUGCGAUUACCACUUAAACCAAAGCAAAAUGAACCAGUAAUUCAACCUUCCACCAAGCGGCCAAGAAUUGAAGACUUGCCAGCGCCUACUAAGAAAUUGACACCAGAAUUGACACCAGUGGUGCUCUUCACAGGAUUUGAGCCUAUGCAGGUGCAUCAAUAUAUCAAGAAAUUGUACAUUCUUGGGGGUGAAGUAGCAGAAUCUGCCCAGAAAUGCACUCAUCUUAUAGCAAGUAAAGUGACCCGUACUGUGAAAUUCCUAACAGCUAUUUCCGUUGUAAAACACAUAGUAACCCCAGAAUGGUUAGAAGAAUGUUUCAAGUGCCAGAAGUUUAUAGAAGAGCAAAGCUACAUACUCAGAGAUGCAGAAGCUGAAGUUCUUUUCUGUUUCAGUUUAGAAGAAUCACUAAAGAGAGCACAAGUAGCACCACUUUUUAAGGGAAAGUACUUCUAUAUUACACCUGGAAUUUGCCCUAGCCUUUCCACCAUGAAAUCUAUUGUGGAAUGUGCAGGUGGAAAGGUAUUGUCCAAACAGCCUUCUUUCCGAAAACUAAUGGAACACAAACAAAACAAAAGUUUGUCAGAGAUUAUCCUGAUCUCUUGUGAAAAUGAUCUUCACUUAUGUCGAGAAUACUUUGCCAGAGGCAUAGAUGUCCACAAUGCAGAGUUUGUUUUGACUGGCGUUCUUACUCAAACACUGGAUUAUGACUCAUAUAAAUUUACUUGACUGAGUGUGAAAUGCCUUAUUGCUUCAACCUCCUUGAAGCCUUCCUUCAAACUUUUCCAGCCUGUGGAUCAAUUAAUCAGUACUUCCUUGAGUUCUCGUUUUCCGCUUGUUUUGCUGGAGGGCAAUGAACAGUUUAUUGUAGGAGAACAAACAUUUACUGCAUCUGUUUAAGAUGUGUAACUUUUUAUUAUUAAAACAUAAUUAACUAUGUUUUUGUAUUAUACUGAAGACUAGAGAGAGCUUACUUUUAUAUUGCAAAUUAGUUUUCCUGAUUUUUUUUAAAGUUUUAACACUGGUGGUACUUAACCAAAACCAAAUUGAAAUAUAAAGAAGGGCUUGUGGUGCAUUUAAAUUAUGGAAGAAAAUAUUUUGUACUUUAUUUUAUUAUUCUGCUUCUUUUAUAUUGAUACUAUCCCAGUUUUUAAAUAAAUAUACUUUUAAAUAAAUUUUCUUUAGUAUUUAGUUGUGUUUUUUUUAAUGUUGUGCAAUUACGGCACACUCUGGUAAGAGUAAAUUACUCUAACUGUUCCAAAUGCUGUAAGAUAUUCUUCCAUUUAUUUUACCAGAUGUGUUUUAAUAUUAAAAGCCAAGUAUUUUAAGCAGAAUUUAUUGUUAAUGUUAUGUGUGUUUCUACUGAGGUUAGCUUGAAGUCACUCAUCUUCUGCUAUGAUAUGUUUUCUUGUAAUUUUCUGAAAUAAAUAUGCAAAAAGGAA